AUGACCAUCGCGACACCUGUGAUUUCGAUCACUGCUGACGAGGUCAACUGCCUCAUUCACGCUUACUUGGAGGACUCGGGGUUCAUCCAUAGUGCAUUCUGCUUGCGAACAGAAGGCAGGCUAGAUCAGACGCCAUUGUACCGCAAACACAUCCCAAGAGGGGAGCUUGUGGACUUACUUAGCAAAGCACUUCUCUAUACCGAAGUCCAAGCACAUUGGCGAGGGGAUACUCUGACGAGCAACUGCGUCGCGCCAUUUUCCAUACUUGAUCAUCACACCUGCUCCUUAGAUUCGGCGCUAUCAUCGAAACCUACUCGCCUUCCCCCAGUGCCGUCUAAAGCGGACUCUGUUCCCCCGCAUCCCGAGAAGGAUUCUAUAUUUCGGACCACAAACGGAGUAUCUGAGAAGAGAAAGGCGCCAGAAUCUAUCUCUGACGAGGCAAGGACAGACAAAAGAGCGAAAGUGGACAUGCAACCGGACUCGAAGGCUAUGGAGAGUGCGUGCUCCUCGCCAGUCGGCACGAUAACUGCAGCCCAGUCCGCAUCCCGUCAGGCUCCGUCUGCUCAGAUACCACCUGCGUCAGGGUCGUCGCUUAACGGUAAUGGCGGGGGUCUGGUUUCCACUCAGAAGCUUGAACCACCCCCUGAUCAGCCUGGUUCCGUGCGUUUGUUAUCCGGUCAUACUAGCGAGGUCUUUGUGUGCGCGUGGAAUCCGGUACAGAAGGAUAUAGUUGCUUCGGGCUCGAGAGACGGCAUGAUCUACCUUUGGCGAGCUCCAGGUCCUGAUCCAGUCACGGGAUCUGUGCCGGCGGAUCAGGAACCGCUGCGUGUGCAGUGUUAUAACAGUGAAGAACCUAUCCGAGGUACCGGACCGAUGUCUGGUCGCGACUUGACAGCUUUGGAUUGGAGUCCAGAUGGACAACUAUUGGCCGUAGGCUCCUUGGAUAGGGUACUUCGCAUCGUAACAGUUACGGGCGAAAUAUACUUUUCGCACGCACAGCACCAGAAGGGGCCCGUUUUCGCUACGCGAUUUUCCAAGUCUGGCAAGUGGCUGCUAACAUCGAGCUUGGACGGCACAGCUUGCGUUUGGGACGUACAACAGAAGAAACUUCAUCGACAGUUUAGAUGCCAUAUUGCUGUCUGGACGUUGAAUGAUCUGGAUAUGUUUGCAACCUGUGGCGCCGACAAGCUAAUUCAUAUUAUGCGCUUGAACGAACAGCGACCAAUCAAGACACUUACAGGCCAUACAGACGAGAUCAAUCAAGUCAGGGUUAACGAGAGUGGAACACGACUUGCAUCAUGCUCGGAUGACCGAACAGCGCGCAUAUGGAACGUGGAAUCGAUAAUCCAUUCUUCGUCUGAGAGUAACGAGAUCAAUACCAGCACUGGAACAAAGACGGACUCGUUCAUCACCCUGCGUGGACACAAAAACAAAGUUAGUAUCAUCCGAUGGUGUCCCAGACACACGCCUGGAGAAUCAGAGCUCGUCGUGACAUCCGGAUUCGACGGUACCGCACGCAUAUGGGAUUCAACUUCCGGCGUCUGUUUGCGGACAUUCUCGGAACAUCAGAAACCUAUAUAUGCAUUGGAAGUCAGCCCAGACGGACGAUGGAUGUCCACAGGCGGGGGCGACUGUCGAUUAUGUUUUUAUAGCCUUGAGAAGAUUGCUGAGCGUAAAUGGGUGUGGCAGCGCCCUUUCGAGCGCAAGCGUGGCGUGUUUGAAAUUAGCUGGCAACAAGGUGAUGGCGUGAACCGGAUCGCAGUGGCUCUGGAAUCGCGUGAAGUCGGCCUUGUUGAUCUCAAUCGAGUCGGUGCAUUGCAAGCACCGUAG